UGGGGGCGGCGGGGUUUCCUCCUCUUCAGUCCACCCCACGAGCUCCUUCUCUCCGGCCGCGGCUUCCAGGCGUUGCCGGAUGAUGGGCAGCUGAGGCGACGAGCUCGGCUACUAUAGAGUGGAGCAAACAACCCUACUACUUAACCGCGGGGAAAGAGAUCUUUCUGGAGCGCUUCUUCACUCUUUCUUUCUUCCUUUCCGCGGUUGGAGAGGAGUUGAUCUUUUUCACCAGGCGCCUUCCGUGACACCCCCCCUCCCUUUUCCCCUCCCGCCCCCCCAUACCCAUUUCUCUGUAGUCGUUGCAAAGAGAAGGGGGGGAAAAAACCCAAACAACAACAACAGCGAAUCUAGAGGCGUUGGAACCGGGAUCUCGCGCCGUGCCCUGCCUCCAGCCGCCCGGAACCCGGGGAUAGGGGCUCACUCGACUGAACCUUCGGAGUCGUUCUGGCCCCGCUCGCCAUCGCCCCACGUACGAGAAAGACUGGCUUCCCAUCUAUACCACGCGUUUUGUGUGGAAGGGGGACCCUCCUCUCUUCCGGGAAAAAGGAGUCGUCCCCCCCCCCUCCUCCUCCUCCUGUGUGAACAGACUCUUGUCGGCGCUAGGUGGUGGUGGAGCAGCGAAAGGGGAACUUCGGGCGGAUCUGCCGUGUGGGAAAAGAUCGGCUUUUCCUUGCAAAACUUUGUUUUCAAAGCUGCCUUUCCCUCUCCUUCCCCCGAUCGCAGUUCUGCUCCGCUAUGUAAAAGGAAGCGCAGCGCGACGGCAUCCUCCCAGCGAGACGCGGCCCAUUCCGCCCUCCCAGGAUACCCAGAUUGUGAGAAGGAGCUCCCAUUUCCUCCAGAGUCGUGAUGUUAAUCCGAAAAGUCUUGCUCUUCCUUCAGUGCUGCUGGCCUUCUUUGCUGCUUCACUGGAUGCUCCAUCCUAUGUGGGGUUUCAUUCAGAUUACUCAGGGCGAACUCCAGAAGUCAUGCGCUAAGCCUCUAGUAGAGAAAGCUACAGAUAAUUGCCAGCAUAUCUGCCAAUGUAGACCACCUCCAUUACCGCCGCCGCCACCGCCGCCACCACCACCAAGGUUGCUUGGGGUUUCAUCUCCCACCGUUCCUAUUUGCCCCCCUGCAGCGCCCUGGCCAAGUCCAGCUAUAAUCAUUGCCGCAUGCUGUGCCAUACCGGUGUUCCUCUUUCUAGUUUUCAUCAUUUGCUACAAAGCCAUAAAAAGGAAACCUAUGAGAACAGAAGAGAAUGGAACAAGUCAAGCUGAAUAUGCAAUGACAUCCUGUCAAAACAGCAGGACAGUUGAUGCUAACAAUGCAGUGGCGUAAUUUCCAAAACCACCUCUCGAAGAGUAAACAUUAAAAGCACACAUGGAAUAUGCAAGGUGGGUGAAAUGCAGCAUCAAGAGAAGACUUAUGGCCGAGGACUUCAUUUCAGAAAUAGCGCUUCAGAUAUUCUGAGAAGAAAAGCAGGUGACUCUCCUUUGGCUUGCUGAGUGUCACAAAAAGUGGGAUUAUACCAGGGGCUACUCUGAAAAAGGGAUUCACAGAGGCCUACUCACUGCAUGCUUGUUCUUUUGAAAGCAACAUUGCAGUGCCCCUUCUUCCUUCCUCAUCUUUGAUUGACGGUUUAUUUUUUUGAAAAUGCUUCAGCGAUCCUUUGAUGAUUAAGAGAAUGGUCUAUUCAAGACGGUAAAAAUACCAUAAUUGGGCUUGCAAAUUCAAGCUUUGCGUUUUUCUGUUUCUCUACAGUCAUUUUAAGACCCACCUUUUAUGAUGAUCAUAUUGUUGAAGUGGAAAAUCUCCAUUCACUGAGAGGGAACAUCCUUUCCUGCCCAGCUUCAUGAUUUCAUGGAAUGUAUCCCUACCUACACAAUCUGAUGGCUAGAUAUAGAUGCUGCUACUACAGACAUAAAGGAAUUCAGAAUGUCUUACAGCAAUUAGUUUUAUUGAUCGAAAGAAAAGUGUUACCUAGGAUAACAUUUUAAAGUGUUUUAAAUGCUAUUAAUCCACAGUCCAGAAACAUAUUGGGCCUUGGAGUUAAAAGAAAUAUAUAUUUGGGUACAUCUAUUAUUAUUUUGCAGUUUUGCACAUGUAUAUCCACCACACUAAUCUGUAGACAAGAUCUCUAGAAUGAUCUAAAAAUGUUUGACUCUGGAGGACAACAAGCUGCAAUGGACACAACUCCUUAAAGACUUUCCUAUUCCUUGAGUAGCUCCUCCAAAUGAGUGCUAAAUAAAGAAUUUUCUGUUGUAGGGAAAAAAGCUGUGAUGGACCAGUCCCCUCUUUAGUAAGGGGCUGCCAAUAGUGCCAAAAUUACUCUGUGUUGUAUCACUUUGUGAUAAAGUACCACAAACAGUUUAAAAGCAUAACCCGACUCUCCAUUGUCACAGUGUCUUGUUUAGGCACAGUCACUUUAAUUUCUAAAAGAACGACUGAUGCUAUUACUUGUCCAUACCUUGAUUAAGGACUUAAAAUAUGGUUCCUGUCUUUCCUUUCACAUGCCUUCAUUUGUCACAGCUGUACCAGCAAAACAAAACAAAACGAUGUGUCACGAUCUGGCUUCUUGUCUUGCUGUCAGACUUCAGUGAUAUUUUGUCUUCAAGCAGUCUAAAAAGAAGCUGUAACAGUUCUGUAGUCUAGGAUCAUGGUAUUGUGUCAGUCCUAAGUCCCAAGAAGCUGGUAUGCUGGCUGAAUGUAGCUAGGAUUGUCUCAAAGUAGAAUUCCAGUGUAUUCCAAAUUACAAUCAGUUCUUCAAAAAAGAACUGAAGACCUCUUAAAACUGAGGAAUCUCUGCAUUGAAUUCUGAUACUGCCUCACUUAGACAAAGUCACUGUAUAAUGCUAUCCCAGUUAAAUAUGAAAAAUAAUGGAUGGAUAAAUGAGUGAGUGAAUGAAUGAAUGAAUGAUUUUAGAGUCUUUGGCCAGUCAAUAGUAUAUAAUAGUACUUAAAAUCAAUACAGUUAGUGCUGUUGCAGCAACAAUAAUUUGCCUCUUAAUAGCAAUAUAAAAUACUUUUGCAACCAUUUUAGUUAUGUCUGAGCUUGCAUCUGCAAGGCAGUAAGUUACGUAAAAUAAAUAAUUUAUUCCUAGGAAUCUUAAAAAGUAGUGGUUAUAUUUGUUCUUUAUAUCCCAGUAGAGGAUACAAUACAAAAAAGCAUGUUCCCAAGGGUUGUCAGGGUGUCUCACUAGAAAAUUGGUUCCUUAUAAAUCUCAUUUCUAGGAUAGAUAAGGAAAAUUCAUUUAAACAGGAUUUGGAGAAAGAAAUCCUAAACAUACCUGUUCAAUAUGAUGGUGAUCAAAAUAUCUUUUAUAUGAUUUCCUGGAGCAGGAAAAGAUUAGUAUCUUCGUUUUAGAAUACUUUACAGUUGGUUUGUUAAUACUGCAAUAUUGCUAGAAGGCUGUCAUCAGUCAAAUAGGUGAUAUCAACAUAUAAUAAAAAAGGCACAUAUGUAUCGGUCAGCAUAGGGCAGCAAAGUCUUCAGUUUCCAAUGAGACUGCCAAGUCAUUCAUAUAAAAACUGAACAAGAUUGAAGUCAAGACACACCCUUCUCUAGCUCCACCUGUAGAAGGAAAUGGGUUAGUUAAAGUGCUAUUAGGACUAUAUUUAAUCUGCAAAAAGGAUUUAGAAUAAUUGCCUUCUGGUCAGUUGUGUUUCCCAUAGUAGUCUCCGAGAAACAGAUGAGAUGAGCAGCACAUAAAUCAGAUAAAUAAUAAAUAAAUAGAAUUGAAAGCUGCUUUAAGCCAAUAAAAACUAUGAAAAGAUUACACAUCGAUCCCUAUAAAUAUUUCUCAAUAGGAUCGUAUAAGACCAUAUAUAAUCCAGUGUAGAGCAACCUCUGAACCCAGUCUGCUCAAUCCCCAAGAUUUUAGGAUCUGCCAGCCAUGUCUUUAAGUCAUUAAAGAGAUACAUAGCAUAAAGUUUGCCUACUGUUGAUAACAUGGGCACUAUGGUGGAAUUUGUCCAUAGAUUUUUCUUUUAUUGUUGAUAUUUCCAAACAAACAAAAUUAACAAGGAGUAAUGCCCACCAUUUUGAAUUGAUUUAAAUAAAUUCUGGAGAUAUAGGAUCUGUGGGGAUUGCCCUGCCUUAUCAAUUUCAUUUUUUAUGGAGUCAAGAAGUGGGGGGGGGGGGGGGAUUGGUAAUAAGAAGUACAGUGGAUUCAAGGAAAUGAUUGUGUUUGUAAAUUGCAAAAAAGUGGCUCUCUCAAAUUCCAGUAGAGAUUUUACAUAUGGGAUUUUCAGAAUACCUUCCCAUAGUCUUAAAAAUAAUUAUCCAAUAGAUUUGUUUGCCUUUGCUCCUAGAAAUAUCGGAAAAAAACUUUUCCAAGUGGCAUUUAUAGGUUUCUCCAGCAAAUAAUGGCUGGGGAAUCUUCUUAUUGCCUGCUAUAUAGCUUUUGUCAGUGUUACAGACUUGUUAUUUAGAAACCUACAUUUUACUUUCAGCCACUCUUUAUUAUUAUUAUUUGUAACCUGCCUCGGUUAUAUAAAAAGUUUACUUUACAGUGAGCCAUCAAAAUAUUCACAAAAGAAUAAACAAGAUUAUCAUUAAAAAAUAAUAAUCUCAGAUACCCGUCAUUGACACGAGAAUCUUUCGUUUAACCAUAUCUUCAACAGAAUCAUGACCAUAAAUAUUUCAGAUUCCAUCUUCCUACUUCUUGCAUCAGUCUUGUCUCCUGGACUGAAUCUUGAUUUUUGUUGCUGGUUCUUUCAGUGUUAUUUUUCUUAGGGUUGUACUCACCUUUUUGUAGACCUGCAUUCUUGGUCAAGAAUAUUCAUCAAUUUCUUUAAGUUUGCCUUGGCAACUCGUGACCACAAUGCCCCUUAUUACAAAUUUUAUUUUUUGCCAUUGUCAUUUACAUGAAUCGUGGUGAUUAAGCAAAUCUGACUUCCCCAUUGACUUUGCUUGUUGGCAGCUGACUGAGAAGGUCACAAAUGG